AUGUCGAACUUCACCAACCCCCCACCCAUCACGCCAACCUGCACCCCCGUCUCUCUCUCCUUCCCCCCUAACUGCGACAACCAAGUAGCAAUCAUCACUCUCAACGCCCCCCACCAGCUCAACGCUCUCGGUUGGGCUGACUAUAAAACCAUCACUCGAUGUCUCGAAUGGAUUGCGCUGCAACCUCGGAUCCUAAUCACCGUUUUCACUGGCAAAGGUCGCUAUUUCUCCGCCGGAGCAAACGUUAAAGAUCCUUCCCGUACUGUUCCCACCCACGUCGCACAUGCAGACCCGAACACUGCCGAGGGUAAAGAGAUCAUAUCGGAUUUUUACUCAGGCCGCGCACAUGCAGGGCAAGGAAAACUAGCGCUUGCGCUCCGUAAUCAUCCGAAAGUUCUCAUUGCUGCUCUUAACGGCCCUGCUGUUGGCCUAAGCGCUGCGAUUUUGAGUCAUUGCGAUUUGGUCUAUGCAUACGAUGACUUUUUCUUCUUCACACCAUUCAUGUCGCUAGCAUUGGUAGCCGAAGGACUAACCUCGGUCACCUUCAUCCAAAAAAUGGGUCUGGGUAGAGCAACAGAAGCACUUUUGCAAGGCAGGAAAAUGUUGGCUCCCGAGCUCAAGCAGGCAGGCUUCAUCACAAGGUUGUUCAACAAACCAGAUGGAUUCGAGCAGAACAAGGAUAAGAUGGCUACGCCACCUAUUUUGCAAGAUGUAUUGGAGAUUGUAAGGGAGAAAUAUCUACCGCCCAACAUUAGUGCUUGGUCGUUGCUGUAUACUAAAAAGCUACUCAAUGAUGCCGCGUAUGCUUAUGCGGGUGUGGAUGGCGUGAAUCAGGCUGAACUUAGGGGAGCAGAGAGUGUGUUCGCUUCAGGUGCUCCUCAAGCUAGAUUUGCUCGUAUUGCUCAAGGUGCUCGACACAAGCUCUGA